CGACUUUCCGGAGUUCACAGCCCGGAGGAGCUGAGAUAAGAGGUUGGACUCUGGGCGGCCGGACUCUGGGUGCCAGUGGAAAGAACAGAGAGACCCCAGAACAGCACAGACAACCCUCGGCAGCCUGAGGAGCCGCCAGGCUGACCAGGAUGAGGUGCCACCGGCCCCUGCGGACAGAGGUGGGCUUGGCCAUAGCCCUGAGCAUUCUCAUCCUCUUCCUCUUCUGUCUGCACGUGUCACCACCCACCUUUCAGAGCUCGGAGGAGCUACGGGACAACCCCAAGACUCUGGCCUGGCCCACUCGGCCCUCCCGCCCACUGCUCACCCCCUGCAGGGCCAACACCUCCAUGGCUGCCCUGCCAGGCUUCUCUGGGCAGCCACAGCAGGUGCGCGACUUCCUCCUGCAUAAACACUGCCGCGACUUCCAGCUGCUGCAAGAUGUUCCGCUGAACAAGUGCUCAGAGCCUGUCUUCCUGCUGCUGGUGAUCAAGUCCUCACCCAAGAAUUACGAGCGCCGGGAGCUGGUGCGGCGCACUUGGGGCAGCGAGCGCCAGGUGAAGGGUGUCCAGCUGCGCCGCCUCUUUCUGGUGGGCACAGCCCCUAACCCCAUGGAGGCCCACAAGGUCAACCGGCUGCUGGCGAUGGAGGCACAGGCGCAUGGGGACAUCCUGCAGUGGAACUUCCAUGACUCCUUCUUCAACCUCACACUCAAACAGGUGCUCUUCUUACAGUGGCAGGAGACUCGGUGCACCAAUGCCAGCUUCGUGCUCAAUGGGGAUGAUGACGUCUUUGCACACACAGACAACAUGAUCUCCUACCUGAAGGACCACAAUCCUGACCGCCACCUCUUUGUGGGACACCUGAUCCGCAAUGUGGGCCCCAUCCGGGUGACUUGGAGCAAGUACUAUGUGCCAAAGAUUGUGACAGAGGAGGAGCGCUACCCGCCCUACUGCGGGGGUGGUGGCUUCCUACUGUCCCGUUUCACGGCUGCUGCCCUGCGCCGGGCUGCCCCCAAACUGGACCUCUUCCCUAUCGAUGAUGUCUUCCUGGGCAUGUGCCUGAAGAAGGAAGGCCUGGAGCCUGCAUCACACAGUGGUAUCCGCACAGGUGGCAUUAGGUCUCCCUCGGGCCGCAUAUCCUCCUUUGACCCCUGCCUCUACCGGGAGCUGCUACUCGUGCACCGCUUCUUGCCAUUUGAGAUGCUACUCAUGUGGGAUGCCCUGAGCCAGCCCAAACUCAUCUGUGGCAAGCAGUCACAGAUCUACUGAGGUAGUAUCAGGACCCCUAGCCUCUAGGCCCUGAUCUCUACCCCUGUAGAAAGGGGCAGCAGCAUCUUCCUCCCCAGAAUUGGAAAUCUUUGUUCUAAGUGGUCAGCAUAAGAGAGUGUCCCCAGGGAGGUUUGGAUGAGUGAAUAGUCUAGCUGACAAACUCCUAGACAUCUUUCCAAGCCACCUGGUACUUGAACCCAUGUUCCAUCAUCCUCUCUAGAUUCUCAGCUGAAGGGA